AUGGAUGUUGCUGAAAUUAAAUCACGGGAUUUCCCUCCAAGACUUUACCCUGAAGGAGAAACAAUAGGACUUGAUGUGUGGGAAGAACUGGUGAACUCUCCCAUUGGAGUAGUUGCUAGGCUAGCUGGACGCGAAAGCAUAUGGUCUGGUAGGAUCGUACACUAUUUACUAUGUAGACAGCUGCGAGUACAUAAGAAGGAGAUAUGGUGUCUCGUGGUUGAUGAGGCUAUAAGGUUUAGCUUGCUCGAGUUUGGUGAGAUCACUGGGUUAAACACAUGCCCAUUGCCAACAGAAAGUUUUGAACCUGAUCAAUACAAAGAAUUUUGGGAGGAGUUGAAGGUGCCGCUUGGGAUGGGACCCAAGUUAGAUGAACUGAGGGAAGCAUUAGCGUUCUGUCCGCUUUGGAGUUUUGAAAAGCGUAAGUGGUUGGGGCUGCUACUUCUUCAAGCCAUGGGAGUCUAUUGUUUGCAUCACAAUUCAAGGAUACCUUUUGAAAGUGCAAUAAGGGUAUUCGACGAUGAAGCCAUGGGGUCGUAUCCAUGGGGUCGGACUGCAUACGAAGUUCUCAUUGACUCUAUUAAAACGUUGGCACCAGAAGGAGGGUCAUACACAAUAAGCGGCAUGACCGUCGCGUUAUUGAUUUGGGCGUAUGAAUCCGUCGCCUGCGUCGGUGAGAGUUUUGGGAGAGUGGUGAAUAAUGAAGAUGUUCCGCUUUUGCGAUGGGGUGGAAAGCGUACACGUGCAAGUUUUGAUAACUUGUUGGCUGCCGAAAUCAAAGAACAUGGCGAGGUGCGUGUGAGGAGAAUGGUUUUGAAGGACUCAAUUGAAGAGAUGUUUCCUAAAUGGCCGGGUGAACCUGACGACCCACAACUCGUUAGCUUGAUAACAAACAUACAUGCAGGUAGAUUUGUGAAAGGUUUUUGGAAAGUCCAGGGGAAUGCGCAGGGGAAGGGGAAUGAGAAGAAGAAGAAAAUGAAGGGUGGAGUUUCGUCAGAAGCUGAGCCACCCACUAAGAAGCAGAAGAAAGUUAAGACAAAGAAUGAAGUGAACAACAUUGAGGGUUAA